CGAGGCCCCCCGCCGGUCGGGUCUCCCAGCCCCGCCGGGGGUAAGUGCGCCUUGCGCUGUUAUUGGUCGGGUCCUGCGGGCCCGGCCCUGCCCACUCCCCCGGGCGGAGAGGACGCUUGCGCGCUGGGCUGGACGGCCAGGCACAAGAGCGCUGUUAGCGCCGGGUCCCGACCGCCUCCCCCAGCUGACAGCGCCGGCACACGGAGCCGUGCCUCGGCGGUAGCCGGAUCGUCACACAGACGCACACACGGGUCCGCCACAAUGCUGCAGCUAGGAGAUGGGCUAGCCUUUUUCUCCGUCGUUUUCUUCGUGCUGCUGCUGGGCACCCGGAGCCCGCUGUGCUCCACCGGCGGGACGGCGGCUCUCUACCUCUUCCUGGUCCUGUUCCGGUACCCGCCGGGGGCGGGGAGCCGGGCCCAGAGGGUGCUGCGCCCCGACCGACGGGCGGCCGGCGGCGGCGUGGCGGUGGUGGCGCACCGCGGCGGGGGACAUGACGCUCCGGAGAACACCCUGGCCGCUAUCCGGAAGGCUCGCGAGAACGGCGCCACCGGCGUGGAGCUGGACCUGGAGUUCACGGCCGACGGCGUCCCCAUCCUGAUGCACGACGAGACGGUGGACCGCACCACGAACGGCAGCGGGCCGCUCAGCCGGCUGCGCUACGCCGACGUGCGCAGGCUGGACGCCGCCGCCAAGCACCGGCUCAGGGACAGGUUCCGGGGCGAGAGGGUGCCCACGCUGAAGGAGGCGGUGGAGGAGUGCACCAAGAACGAGCUCACCAUCUACUUCGACGUCAAGGGCCAUGCAGACCAGGCUGCUGCAGCACUGAAGGAAAUCUACAAAGAAUAUCCUGUGCUCUACAACACCAGCAUUGUCUGUUCCUUUGAGCCAAAGGUCAUCUACAAGAUGCGCCAGGCCGACCCCGAGGUGCUGACCGCCCUGACCCACCGGCCCUGGAGUCUCAGCCGCUGGGGCGACGGCGAGCCACGCUUCUCCUCCCCCUGGAAGCACCACUGGUUCCAGCUGCUGGACGUGCUGCUGGACUGGAGCCACCACCAGCUGCUGUGGCACCUGUGCGGGGUGUCGGCCUUCCUCAUGCAGAAGAACUUCAUCUCGCCGGACUACGUGCAGUACUGGGCCGAGCGGGGCGUCGAGGUGGUGGGCUGGACCAUCAACACCUCGGCCGAGAAGCAGUAUUACCGGGAGCUGCUGGGGAUCGGCUACAUCACAGACAGCCUGGUGGAGGACUGCGAGCCCCACUACUGAGCACUGCAGCGGCAGCCCUGAGCCGGCGGCUGGCGGACCGCUACCAUUGGACUUGACCUCCAUCACCGAGGCACGCGGCCUUACCUCUCCCCCCAGCCUGCUCAUCGAAGGACCGAGAGUGAGCGAGACCCCUGGUCCCAACCUUCCCAAGAUGCCCCGUGCCCACAUGGCCUCCUAUGUCCUGUAUAUAACCUUUCUUCAUGACCAAGGACCCCGAGACGUCCCCCCGUCAAGCACAGGCAGAAUCAGUGACCGUGCACUAAGGUACUGGGGACGGGGCUUUAUGAGGGUUAGGAAGGAAAAAUUGACCCUUAUUUGGGCAGGCAGAGGAAGAGAACAAAACGCUUCCCAGCUGAGUCCCAGGCAUUUGCGGCUGCCCAGUCCAGUAAGUGUUUUUUUGGGGGUGUGGGGUCAUGGCUCUGGGGUUUAUGAAAUCGCCCCCCUGAGCGCAGCCCCCAGCAUCUCCGGUUUCCGCGGUGACGUCCCCUGACUCCCACACACAGGACGCAAGCCCUCCCACGCGGCCGGUGGUGGUCGUUGAAAAACUCUUUUGACAUCCUGCCCUGGCCCCCUCCUUCGGAAGAAAGACACGCAGUGUUUGAAAAGAUCUGCGAGGUCCGCCCACUCCCUUCUCGGCGCUGUAUGUGCGAGCCGGGGGCUCUGAGAGUUUCAUUCACUCUGAGCUACUGCCCUGGUGCUGUAAAUGUGUGGCUGCAGAGGGAGGGUGACCAGGCGGUCGAGUGAGGAAACGUGGGAGAGGGGGUUAUUCGCUGUCGAACGCGUUUUGCGUUUGUGUUCGAGGAGGUUUGUCCGAAGACGCGACCCCUGCUGGCACGCAUAUCCAGCUCGCAGCUGUAUUUUAAAAACGUUUCUACAGCAAACUUAACAAAACAAAGUUACUUCUGUCUACGACAUUCAGGGGCAGCACAGUCUUCACCGGAGCUCUUAACUGCCCCCGAGAACCUGCGCCAAUAAUCCCCUGAAUGAGCUGACUGGCUUCUUCAGGUCAUGGCCCAAGAGAAUGAGGAAGGUUCCCGUGUGUCCCUUCAGAAGACAGACAUCCUCAACACGUUGCUAGCAGGACCGUGAUCUCCAAGACUACACUGCAACUUAAAUAUGUCUCUUUUGUAUUUAUUUAGGUGGAAAUACUUGUCACAACUUCUUAGGUUGCCAGCGUAGUUGAAUCUCGGCGAGGAUGACCAUAAAUGUGGUAAAUGUGCAUUUCAACAUGUUAGCAAAGCAGUGACCCUGGCAUUAAAAGCUGUUGUCUCACACCAGCUGUUGAUGGCUUUCUGAGGAAAAAUGUAGUUUUUCAGGCAUUAAGUGUUCCGGUUAAGCUUAUACUGUAGUUUCACUCCCAUUAUGUACAUUGAAAUUGUAGACUAAAAAGGUCUGUUCUCCAUUUCCGUGAUGCAAUCUUCAGGAAUUUUAUGUUGUUCAGUGUACUAAUCCCCACAGAGGCUUCAGGACUUGUUGGGUGACACACUGUCCUUACCAGGAGAUUAGCUAGAGUAUUGCCUGGGGUUCGAUGACCUCAUGAUGCUUUAAAAUAUAGAAGACAGUGUAAAAUUACUGAUGUUAUUGCGAGACCCAAUUUGGUCAAAUAAGGAAGGCUGUUCUUCGAUGCAAAUCUAAUCCAUCCACCUUCUAACCACUUAAUCCAAUACAGAGACGCAGGAGAGCCAGAGCCUAUUCUGGCAAGUCCAUCACAGGGCACAGACACAGACAGGCACACACACACAAACCAGGGCCAUUUGUACAGAAGCCAGUGAACCUGCCAGUUUGUCUGUGGACUGUGGGAGGAAACUGGAGCUCCCAGAGAUGUGUUAAUCUGUUACUAAUAGGAACGAGUUCUGCCGUUUGAUUUUAUUCAGAAAGAAAAUCUGAGAUGGCUCAAUUUCAUUUCUACAUCAGUCAUGCAGACAGAAUGGUCCCUAGCAAAAAGCAGCUGCCAUGAGUAGAGAUACCUCUCAUUUUGUGAAUGAAGGAUGAAAUCUAGGGUUAAUGUCUGGGUUUAUUAGAAAGAGUAUUCUGGGCCCGAGGAGCAUAACUCGAAAAUAGUUGAGAAACAAACCUUGUUAAGGUGGCCUUAGCGACCACCUGCCUGUUUACAAUUGGGGAACUGUACUGUACUUGUGUUCAGACAGACAUCUGUUUGAGCUAUGUGUGACGUUGGACGAGGGACUUUUCACCUUAUUUUAAAAACAAAUCUUGUGGUUUCUAACACGGGAACAACUUCAUCAGCAGUACUGACUAAGGCAGAAUCUAGAUUACUACACACCAGCAAUAACCUAAUAAAUGAAUCACAAAAAUAUACAUUUGUUCCAAGUGUUGAGUGCCAUUAAUUCGUGUCAUAACCAUUGAUUAAAACAUGACAGAUUUGUACUCUAUAGUCCUCAAGCCCAGACUUUUUUUCACUGCAUCUUAUUCUUGCUUAUGAAAUGUACAGGUUUUUAUAUAACAUUCAAGAAAAAAAGAGUUGCAGAAAACAUCCAUCUGUGGCAAGUGUUAUGUCUUAAAAGCUCAGUUUCAGAAGAAGACUUUUCUAGUGACAUCUGUGCCGUAAGCUAUAUGAACAGACUGAGAACAGACAGAAGGUGUCCCCACCUGCAAUUGAACCCAAGAGCUGCAAAGCCCAUUUCAUCUACGAUCUGUAAUGAUCCUCAGAUAUAAAUAUUGAGAGCAAUUUAUUAAGUUAAUUUUUUUUCUUAUUAAUGGUAAUUAGAUUAGGUUGAUUCAGUGAUGAAUGACUGACCUCUUAAGGCUCAAAUGUAUGGAGUAUGUGAGAAAUAUUGAAACUGCUGACCUAAGCUUUCUUUAUUUUCAGUUUUCACCAAUUUACAGAAGUAUAAUCAAGGAUGCAUUAAUCAGUAUAAAUCAGGAUACAUAGAAGGACAAUAGGAAUUGUGCAUCCCAAGUCUCGAUUUUCAUUCAUAAUGAGCAUGUAUUUAAAUCAACUGUUUUACCCCGUUUGUUAAGCAGGUCAAAACAACUUCUGCAGUGUUGCCAAGAGGGUCUUUCGGACAAAACCGGAUUCCCUGGAAGAGAUCAACAGAGUGAGAUCGGCCUGAGAUAGUUCCCAUUUGCAUCUGAUGUCCCAAAAGACAGUUUUGACUCUCGUGUUCGUCAGCAUUCUCGCAGACUGCAGGCUUUUGUUUAGCUUGUGCUGAGCCGCAGCCCACCCACUGAGCCGUGUGCUGUGGUAAGAUGUGUGGGUUAAGGCAAAAUCGCUCGAUUUCCUCUCCUGGCAUUGAUAAGAACAGUAGCCAGUCUUUUCAAGGGUACUUUCGUUACUUUGGCACACUAGAAACUUUCUGGGUGCUUAAACGGAGAACUGUUUCAGUCUCUCUUAUCACACUGGUGUUCAUAUUCCCUCCCAUCGCUUGUGCUCUCCAUAUUAUGUCACCCUGUGGUGCCCAUACCCUGAGAAAGGAGAACACCCUCUCAGAAUAGAGCUGGUGUCUUUCACAUCCUGUCGGUCGGGGGGCUGGAGGCUCAUGCUUCUGCUGGGCUUUGUUCCAGCCCAGCCCUGACUUACACAACUGAACCUCUAACUGACUUCGUAAUAGAAACAGUUGCAUCUCCUUCCGCUCUUGAACAUGGUGGAAAUGGCCCUUUAACGGGCGCGUUUCACAGGAAAAACUAACAGAAGCGACUUCAAUUAAGGCUGGAAUUGUGGUGGCAGGUAUGCGUGUGUCUCCAGGACGAGGUCUGGAGACUUCUGCCGUAAUGAAUUCAGGGGGGAAAGCUUAUAACCCAAAAUAUCUCACCUGGACUCCCUUAAAUCUCAGAGGAGGACAGUAAAUGUUCUGAAUACUGGGGUUUACAGGGGAGAUCUGUGUUUGCAUCUGGCCUGCGAGAGGAAGAAGCAGAGGUUAAUCCAGCACUGGAAUCCACCGAAUGCAUUCAAAUCUGUGACAGGACAGGACAAGACGAUUACAUUAUUUUUCGCCAGUCCAUCCAAGGCGCAGUCAGUGUGGCAGUUCUGAUUUUCUUUCAACUCCUUGUCUCAAACAGUAUUUCAUUGAGAAUAUAUCAUUAAAACAGCCUUAAGCCCUAGAAAAUAUUCUAGAUCAAGACACUAUUUUGAUAGAUGUAACGUAAAUUACUGCUUUGGAUUCUGGAAAAAAUAAUAAGAACCAAUGCACUCUUUUCUGUUCACUUAUUAUUCUCAGCUAUCACUCAAAGCAAAGAGCAAGUGGAGAUGAGAGGGAAUCUAAGUAACUUUGGUUACUUGCCAGUGUUUCUGUCUGUCCUGGUAAAGAUGGUUCUUUCAGGGCGGGGUUCAGAGAUCACCGCGAAAUGUAACUGGACGUUGUUUGCCAAUCAAACCUGAGGAUCUUUGCACCGCAAAAAAAAAAAUAAAUUUAAAUGGAGAGGAAAUGUAUAGUCGCAAGUUCUUGUUGAUUUGGUGCAUGUAACGCUAGGCUCAAUACUUAAUUGGUUUAUUCUUGCUAAGUUAAUGGAAAUGGUAGCAGACCAAAGUCCAUUCAUCGAAAGAACAUUUUAUAUCUGUAAAUACCAUCAGACUAGUUUUUAACUCAUGGCUGUAACUGAAAAAUAAUAAGGAGGCUGCGGUUGGUUUAUUUGGAACUUAUAUAUUGCAUGAAGCUGCUACCAUCAUGAUGUAGUUUGGAAGGAUGGGGGUCUCUGCGUCAGGGUGGAAAAAAAACAUUCUUAUCUCGACUGCGCCUCCUGAUAGACGAUUUUUCGAGUGCGUGUCCUCAUCACUGUUGUGACACUGUUUCUAUUCCAAAACCAAUUCAUUUACUUUCGCUAAUUGCACAUUGGAUACAAAAUACAAAGAUAAUUAAGAAGCAGAAUACACAAAUUUCAAAAACGAGUUAAAAAAGGUUUCGUCGUGAGAUAAGAAGGUGGGGGGCGAGGGAUGUUAUGGUUCUAAACAUUAAACGUCGUUGAAAGACUUAAGCUGAGGUGAAAAAUUGGUUGUAAAGUGAGUUUCAGUCUGACUCUCGCAAAAAAUAGAUCGCUCUUUAGCUCUGUGAAGUUGGUUCCCCCACACAGACGAUCAAACGCAUUCAUUAGGGCUGCGUUUGUGCAGUCUGUGUUGAAAGUAGCUUCACAGCUGCGUUCGUUCCCGAGAUACUGUAUAGCGCCUUUCUUUUUCGGGUAGUCACCGCUAGUAACGCUGUAUGGAAAGUUCAAGCACUUGCUGGUGCAAGGAUAAGUACUGUAUGUCUACAAUUUUGUUUCUCUGUUUGUCGGGGAGUGGUUGAUUUUGCAUUUAACACGAGUGGUUGGUGUGAACGGGAAACUCGAGUUUGGUUCCGUCAUCAUACCGUAAUCACACGAGUGGCGGGUUUAGCCUCAAAAA